AUGUCUGGAUGGUUGAAUAAAGAAGAGGACGCCGCUCGCGGUGUCCUAGGAAAAGCAACCUCAAGACUAAAACAAAACACCAUCUUUGUUGUGUCCUUCGGGACUUGGGAUCUCUGGCAACUUGCCGCAGAAGACCUAGACACGGCUAGGGAAUCCGUCCAACGAAUUGUGGAGAAAAUGUUUGCGUAUUUGGAUGAACUCGCAGAGAUCUGGUCGCGCAAACACACUAAGAUAAUACUUUCACUGCCCGUGGAUGUGACAUUCCUACCUGCAUUCAAGACGAGGCAAGGUGUCCUUCAAAAGGAUGCUGUUAACUUGACUGACCACUGGCACAACGAAGUACGAAGCCGGGCUGAACGAUGGAAAACCGGCUCGAUUUUUUUGCUCGACACAAACUCGUUUCUCAUUGACCAAGUUCGAGAAAGACAGCUGUGGGUUGGCGGGUUGAUUGAGGGAGAAGACUUUGGUAAAAAUGGUAUCGCGUGGGAGAAUGUCAACAAACCUUGCGUCGGCCCAGCGAAGUCUCGGUUGAAACGGAAGACAUGCAGUGACCCGGAAAAGUUUUUGUUCUGGGAUUCACUGCAUCUCGGGCCAGCGGCCCAGCAGUUAUUGGCAGCAGAAGUUUUCAACGCCAUCAAAGAACUGUGGUUGAAGUGA